UUAAAAAUAAAAUAUUAGUUGUUAAUAAAAUUUAGUAGACUAAUUAAAUUGUUUUUUUUUAAUUUAACCAACACAAAAAGACAUUUGGAUAUAAUUUUUUCAUGAGUUUCUAAAAUCCUCUUAAUUUUGUUUUAAUCUCACUCUCUCUUCCUUUUUAAUACUUUUCUUUAUUAAACUCCUCGAAAGUUUUUCGGUAGACCCGUUCUAAUAAAAUGUUUGACGGUAAAUGGCCUAACGCCUAGACCAAUUAACCGAGAUCAAAGAGCAUUUCUAAUGAGAGAAUUUAGUUUUGGGUUUUAAAAGUACAUAUAUAUAUGUGUAUAUACUUCCUCCGUUCCUUAAAAAUACAUAUUUUAGAAAAUAAUUUUUUUCUAAAAGAUUUUAUAUUUUUAAUGUAUGUUUUAUUAACUAAUUGUAAACUUCAAAAAUUUUAAUUGCACUAAUUAGUUUUUUAUUGGCUUAAAAUUGUGAAAAGAAAAUAAACACAAAAAAUAUACAAAAUUUAAUGUAUUUUAUUAAAAUGUGUGAAAAAACUAGAAUAUUAAUCUUUUAGAAACAUAGAGAAGUAUUAUAUAUUUAUAUAUAAUUGCGGAGUUUUAAAUUUUAUGAAAAACGUAACCUAAUGUAUAUGUAAUUUUAUAACUUCAAAACUAAAUCUCUUCGAUAAAAUUGCUCUAAAAACAACCGUGUCGGUGGAAGCUGCUUCAAGGUUUUUACAAUAAAAAUAAUAUUUUAAUGUGUUAUGGUUGCCUAUUUAAAUUUAACUGUUUUAGAUAUAUGUUAACUAAUGAAAGUGAAACAAGUGUCAUUAAAAUUUCUAGACAGACAUGUUCGUAGUGGUUCAGAGAACCUCUGCCAUCCAUCUUUCCUAUUUUUUUUUAGUUUUUUUUUAUUUUGAUUUGUUUAGAUAUUUCUCCGCAACUUCCGUUGGAAAAGCUGUUAGGCUUAUUGAAUUUAGUUACCUUUAUCAUAUUUUGAAACUUGUAUCCUGAAAGUUGAAACAAUUUAUGAAGUAUGUAAUAUCAUCUUAAUAAAAUCCAUGCGCACGAAUAAAUAAGUAUGAAAACUGACUGAUCUAAAACAAUAAAUCCAAGUAAACUGAAUCAACCAAUUGAGAGAAAUUGUUCUGUUCAAAUUCUAUCACAUUUCUUUCAAAGGAAACUGAUAAAACAGAGUAUCUAGUUCUAUUUUAUACGUCUACUAUUAGUUACUCUAAUAAGUUUUGUGGUUAUGAUUUAUUCCCAUCCGGAUCGGUGUGGCAGCAUUAUACGUCACAAUACCAUUGAUAUGCCCAUUUCGAUUAAAUUUCUGAUUUUCUCAUCAUCUUCUUGGAAAAGAAAAGGAAUUAGACAUCGUUGCAAAAUAAACAACGUGCCAUUUGUUCUCUAACGGUAUAUGAUUGUAAACCAUUCCAAUCUCUUAUGCACAAUAUCUAUAAUGUGAAAAAGAAAUGUUGGUUGUUAAAUUAUAUCGGGGUUGCUUCUGUACACCUUCGUUUAUCUAUAUUACUUUCUCGAUAAUGUUCAAUACGUAUUCUAGACUUUAGUACAGUAUGAAUCACUGUUCGUAAUAUCGGUUGCUUAUUGGCGGCCUGAAGACCCGUACAUUUUCUUAGAGCGAGGUAUAGAUGAAUGUUAAAUUACUUUUUUUAUUUUUUAUUUUUAUAAAAGAACAGAUCUCUAUCAACGGAAAUCAAAUCUAUGAUUUAUUAAACUUUACUAGGUGAUUUUUAUUGUAUUACAAAAAACUAUAUUUAGUCCAAAAAAAAAGUUAUAUUACAAAUUCGAAUGAACAAAUUCAGAAUAUAAUAUAAUAUUAAUUUGACAGAAUCAAAGCUGGCAAAAAAUAUAAUAUAAUAUUUUGAUUUCAAUCAUACUUGGCUUUGGGUUUUCAUUACCUUGGGUGUCAAGGUGUUGUUCUUUGUUAGGUGUUCUCACCGCUUUUGAUUAAUAAUCAACUCAGACGUUAAAAAAGAAUGAAAAGUAAAUGCGAGGAAAGUAGAAAGAAAGCGGCGAGUCUCACUUGAAACUCUCUCUCCACGGGCUUAGCACGAAGACGGCUAUCUAUAAAAUGAGUCAAUUUUCUUUACUCUCAGACAGAACCAUUAAGAUGACUUCUUCUACUCCACCAACCAUCCCGAAGUACGAUGUCUUUCUGAGCUUCAGAGGACUCGACACUCGCCGCAACUUCAUCAGCUUCCUCUACAAAGAACUCGUCCGAAGGAACAUCCGCACCUUCAAAGACGACAAGGAGCUCGAGAGCGGCCGGAAGAUUUCGCCGGAGCUAGAACGCGCCAUCCAAGAAUCCAAGUUCGCCGUAGUUGUGAUCUCCGCGAACUACGCCGCGUCCACUUGGUGCCUUCAAGAACUCGUCAAGAUCAUGGAUUUCGUCAACAAGGGCUCACUCACCGUGAUCCCCGUCUUCCACGGCGUUGAGCCGUGUCACGUGAGGUGGCAGAUGGAAAAAUUCGCCGUACAGUUUGAGGAGCACAAGAGCGAAGAUCGCGAGAAAGUCCUCUCGUGGGGACACGCGUUGACCAAUCUCGCGAAUAUCUCCGGCCAUUGUUCAUCGGAAUGGGAAGAUGACUCGAUGAUGGUGGACGAGAUUGCUAGGAGGAUAUCAACGUGGAUUGACACAACGAGAAAACCAACAAGAACCGGAAGUAACCUAGUGGGGAUUGAUGUACACAUGAAAGCUGUGUCGCGGUUAAUAGAUCUGAACUCGAAGAAGAAGUCUGUGAGAGUGAUAGGUAUCUGGGGGAGAGGAGGCAACGGUAGAUCGGCUCUCGCUGAGUUCGUGUACAAGAACAUCUGUCAACACUUCGGAAGCCAUUGCUUCCUGGAGAAUGUGAAGAGGAUAUCUCAGGACCGUCACAUGUCGCAUCUACGCCAAGAGGUUCUUAAAAGGGUGCAAGUAGAAUCGAACCAGAAGGUUCUGCUAGUGGCGAACGAAGUUAAUAAACUUGAACACUUUGAUGCUCUUGCAGAGGAUUUCAGCUGUUUUGGUCCGGGGAGUAUAGUUAUCAUCACUACACAAGACAAGCAGUUGCUUGUUUCAGCCGGUAUAAAGCUUGUUUACGAAGCCGAGCCUCUGGCGUUCCAGAAAGUUCGUGAACUAUUCAGACAGUUAGGUUUCAGAGUCAGGGAGGGAGCUAUUGAGUCUGAAUUGUGUAAGGGAACUAAUCUUGCCAUGAAAUGGUUAGGUUGUUGUCUACCUGUUAGAUCUGGUUACAGGAAAUUGUCUUAAUUUGUUUUUUUUCAUGUAUCAUUAAGUUUAGUAUAUGGCUAAACUUAGUAAGAUGUGGCUAAAAAAUUUUCCUUUCUAAUAAAAACUUCGAACAAUUCUUUCCAUCUUAUCUAUUAAAAGAAAAGUCAUAGCUCUUUUCAUGUGUGAUAUUUUAAAAUAAAUCAUUCCCUAAAAUAUUGUUACAUUAUCUUUUAUAUUUACAUAACAAAAUCCUAACAAUAUACUUAGCUAUUUUUUAUUCCAAAUAUAUUAGUUCCCUUUUCAAAUAUAUAUCAUAUGUAAUUGUCUAUCUUAUCAAAUAAAUACAACAUCGUAUGUAAUCGUAUCCAUCACAUAAUUCUUAUGCAAUACUUUAAUAUCUAUAUAAUUUUGAGUUUAAAUAAUAUACAAUUUUGUUUAAAAAAUUAUAUGCUUUAAAAAUGAAGAUCAAAACCAAAUUUAUAUAAAAAUAUUUUAAAAGAUAAAUUAAUUUUAAAUUUGAUGAAUAAAAAUAAAACAAAUAUCCGCGCGGUUGCGCGGAUUAAACUCUAGUGUAUAAAAUUAAAUCAGAAAAAUCACAUAGGUAUAGGCCGGGGCUAUAGGUUACAACUUUAUCGACUUUUCAAACUGAAGAGUUCAGAUUAAGGUUAUGAAUGGGGUUUGCGGGACGGGACGUAAUUGAUACAGUACAAGUGCGAUUUUCAAAAUGUUACCAAUCAGCAAUUACAAAACUAAAAAGGCGGUUUUGUUUAAAUACCGCACUCAGCAAAAAAAUGUUUUUGUUUGUUCUAUCACGUAAAAUAACGCACUUGUUUUAUAGCAUCUUCGAUUUUGGUGUGGUUGAAGUGCGUUUUUAACUGUAACACUUACGUACUAUCAUCAUUCAAUUAAUAAUAUUCACCUGUUACAUGAAAACCUUACGUACUAAUUGAAGUAUUUUAAUAUAUAUUUGUUACAAAAAUAAUUGGUCAACCAAAACUUUAAAAUAAUAUUUCAUGUUUUCAUGAAAAAUGUCAUUUGAAGAUUUUUUUAUUUUUUCUGCGGUUUAUAAUAUAUAUACAUUUAUGUAACUAUUUUAAUAUAUAUAAAAAUAUAUUAAAAAUAUAUACAUUUUUCAUUUACACAUCUGUUUAGCUAUUUUAAUAUAUAUAUAUAUAUAUAUAUAUAUAUAUAUAUAUAUAUAUAUAUAUAUAUAUAUGCUACAAAAAUAAUUGGUUAUCCAAACCGUUAAAAAUAAUAGUACGUAAUUAUAUUUCUAAAAUUCUAAAAUCUUACCCUAAACCCAAAACUAUACCCUAAAAACCUGAAUCUGAAAAAAAAAUACAUGUAAUACCAGAAAUACACCAUACACUCAAAUAUACUUAAUAUAUACUACUCCCUUUGUUUCAUAUUAAGUGUCAUUUUGACCUUGUGCACACAGAUUAAAAAAUAAUUAAUUUUGUAUAUUUUCUAUAUAAAAACACAAUUACAUAUACACCUAACCAUAUUUCAACCAAUAAAAAAAUAAAUUACUACAUAAAAUUAAUAAAUUUUGCAUUGAAAAUCGAAAAUGACACUUAUUUUGUAACGAAAAAAUUUCUCUACAACGAUACUUAAUAUGAAACGACAUAGGGAGUAUGAUUCUUGGGUCUACUCAAACUUGAACCGAGAUUCACGGAUCCAAAAAAAUUAUAUCCAAUAAGUAGUUUAGUCUAGCUCCAGACCCUGAUCUGAACUUGUAUGUUUGGGUUGGUUCUGGUUCGGGUAAAAUACCAAACCCUACUAAAUUUUAGAAUAUAGAUUAUAAACAUACAUGAAAAUAAUUUUUUAAUAUAUAUAUAUAUAUAUAUCAAAAAUUUGUUUGAGAUGAAUUUUGGUAUUUAAAUUUUUCUAAAUAAUAAAGAAAAUUUAAUAUCCAUAACACUAAAUAAACAAUUUUCAUUUUAAUUAUAUUAAAUAUAUUGAUAUAUCUAUUUUACAUUAUUUAAAUUUUUCUUAACUGUUUAAUUCUGCACUAUAGAUUUUCACCAAUCAACACAAUUCCGCACCGCUAAUUUUAUCAAAACCGCACUUGUCCCGCAAAACGCACGAACCGCAGUUGAACCGUCCCGCACCUAAAUUCUGUCCCGCUUAUUUUACUAAAUCCGCGGUCACCAUUUGGACCCUAAUACUAAUGUUAGCCUUUGACUCUUUCGUCUUAAACAAUACCGGGAGUGGCUCUGACUUUAUUUCUUAAUUCUGAACACAGAAUACCAUGACGUACCAGAAAAAUAAAAAAAGUCUAUUUGACUUCUUCAUUGAUUAUAGUAAAACAAAACACUGUACUACUCUGCGACGAAUAUGUGACUCGGCAAAGUAUAGUAGCAUACGUUACUUUUACGUUACGACUUACGAACUCAGUGACUGCACGACAAUAUCGUAUAAAAUAUUUUAGAAACUUUUUUUUUUUGAAAAAAUAUUUUAGAAACUUUCCACGACGAUUCUAUAUACUUAGCAAAAAACUUGUAUUAAUUUUCAAGGUACGAUAAAAGUAUCCAAAUCUCCAGCAUCUGUGACGUUGCAUGCGUAAUGCGUUAAACAUAAAUUAAACUAUUACUUUGGAAUAUAUGAUUGUGACAUAACAAACACUUCUAUAACUUUUGUGAAAAAUAACAUGUUUCAACUUUAGGAUAUGACUACUAUAUUUUUUCACUUGCACGUAAACAUGUCUCUAUAAAGGUAGAACCAUUCUUUGGCGAUUUAGAAUAACUCGGUUUUUACUUUUUAAACGUUCACGGUUCUAGGACGUACGGCACGUGAAGAACCAUGUUUUCCAUAUGAUCUCAGGCAAAAAUCAUGGACACAUAUUUUAUUUUUAUUUUUUUGGUUGAAUAUGCUUCUUAUUACAAUAGCUCGAAAUGUAUAACAUAUACGUAUAUUGUUUUUAAGUUUCCAUGAAAUGUUUAGCUAUAGGAAACUAGACAAAACGCACAAAGUGGGCGGCUGGUCUAAGUUUAUGAUAAAACAUAGACUGUCGUAGAUUAAAAAACUGUAUAGAGUUUAUUGAUAUCUUAUAAGUCGUCGUUGUUCAAAAAAAAAAAUCUUAUAAAUCGUCAAAUUAUUUAAACAAACCUGCUUAUCAUACAGAAAGAGUUUUUCAAAAAAAAAAAAAAAACAGAAAGAGGAUCACGGGUCUUUACAUUAGACUGCAAAAUACAUAAGUUAUAAGUUCAAACAAAACAAUUUAAAAAUAUAUCUAAGUACACAUUAGCUAAUUUAACUAUUUGACCUUUUAUUCCAUAUAAUCCACUAAUUAAUUAAACCUUUUACAUAAACUGGAUAUCUAACGAAUAAAAUGAGCAGAUUCUUUUUAGGUUUAUCCUGAAAUUCCAUACACCCCGUUACAAAAUUCACAAUAAUGUUACUCAGAAUAUAAUUGUAAUUCUCUAUUAUCAUAAAUAAAACUAAUUUGUUAUCCAUGUUUUGGUAAACUUGCCAAAUGCUAUUAAACAGAAAAAUCCCAAAAGAGAAGAUAAAUAAAUCAUGAAAUAAGAGUUACACACGUUGUUAUAAAAUUUUUUUGCUCGAAUAUAUAUUAUAUUAGUAUUUAAAGAUUAUUAAAGGUUGAAGCAGUAUACGUACACCACAAGAAAUACGUACGCCACAAGAAAUAAACUCGACUUCUUAGCUAAGGGGUCGGGUGGGCCAAAUUUAUGAUGAAAUAUUAAAAUAGAAAGAAAAUUACAAGGCGUAAGAGCAGCAUUAUCACUGAAACACUUAUGGGUUUUUUUUUAAAAAAAAUUUGUCUAACUAAAAAUUU